GAGAAGGCACUCCAUCCUGGCUUUUACACAUAGAGUUCUGUGACACGCUUGCCCUGAGAUCAUGUCUCUCCGACUUUCCAGUGGACCCAGGAGGUCCUAUCCCCGCCCCAGCACAGGAUCGCUCAGGCUAUCUGGUGGGGGAGCCAGCUUUGGGGCUGGAAAUGCUUGUGGCACACCAGGCAUUGGAAGUGGCUUCUCCUGCGCCUUUGGUGGUAGCUCCUUGGGAGGAAAUGCAGGAGCAGGCAACCCCUGUGCUGGCUUCACCAUGAAUGAGGGGGGCCUCCUGUCAGGCAAUGAGAAGGUGACCAUGCAGAACCUCAACGACCGUUUGGCGUCCUACCUGGACAACGUGCAAGCUCUCCAGGAAGCCAACGCUGACCUGGAGCAGAAGAUCAAGGGCUGGUAUGAGAAGUUCGGACCUGGCUCUUGCAGGGGCCUUGACCACGACUACAGUAGAUAUUUCCCAAUAAUCGAUGAUCUCAAAAAUCAGGUCAUCGCUUCUACCACCAGCAAUGCUAAUGCUCUUCUACAGAUUGAUAACGCCAGGCUGACGGCUGAUGAUUUCAGACUGAAGUAUGAAAACGAGCUGGCUCUUCAUCAGAGUGUGGAGGCUGAUGUCAAUGGGUUACGCAGAGUUUUGGAUGAAAUAACCUUGUGCAGAACAGACCUGGAGAUUCAGUAUGAAACCCUGAGUGAGGAGUUGACUUACCUCAAAAAGAACCACAAAGAGGAAAUGCAAGUUCUGCAGUGUGCGGCUGGAGGCAACGUGAACGUGGAGAUGAACGCGGCCCCCGGGGUGGACCUCACGGUUCUGCUGAACAACAUGCGAGCUGAGUACGAAGCCCUGGCCGAGCAGAACCGCAGGGACGCCGAGGCCUGGUUCAAUGAGAAGAGCGCUUCGCUGCAGCAGCAGAUCACAGAGGACGUUGGAGCCACAACCUCAGCCAGGAACGAGCUGACGGAAAUGAAGCGCACGCUGCAAACCCUGGAGAUUGAACUGCAGUCUCUCUUAGCCACGAAACAGUCCCUGGAGUGCUCCUUGACUGAGACCGAGGGCAACUACUGCUCACAGCUGGCGCAGAUCCAGGCUCAGAUCGGGGCCCUGGAGGAGCAGCUGCACCAGGUCAGGACUGAGACUGAGGGCCAGAAGCUGGAGCAUGAGCAGCUGCUGGACAUCAAAGCCCACCUGGAGAAGGAAAUUGAGACCUAUUGCCUCCUCAUCGGAGGAGAUGAAGGGGCUUGUAAAUCUGUAGGUUACAAGUCUAAAGAUUAUGGAUCUGGAAACGUGGGAAGUCAAAUCAAAGAUUCAUCCAAACCCAUAGUGGUUAAGAAAGUCCUUGAGGAGGUAGACCAACGAAGCAAAAUACUUACCACUAGGCUCCACUCCCUGGAAGAGAAAUCUCAAAGUAAUUAACAGAGAACAUAAGCCAAAAACCCUCAGAGAAGAAAAGGCAUUAUUUGUGCCUGGGAAAACAAGCAAGUCUAAGAAAGCCUAUUCUGUUUUCUUCCUGUUCCUUUCUAUUUCUGGGCAAUCCACAGCUGAUCUCCCCAUUCAUCUGGAAGAGUGUCACACACAAAUAUGAUGACUCAUUUGAUUACCCUAUAGCAAUCUGUUAUCACUCCUUGUAUUCAAUAAACCUUCCUUGAGCAAGUU